AUGCGGGAGCUUCGUUGUAGUUUUCUACCGCCAAACUCUUAUUCAUCAGCAUCGCCUUGUGGAAACUCUGGCUCGUCGUCUCUGACGCCACCUUGCGACGCAACGCUCCUCACGCAGAUUCCAUCUCCUUCACUACCAGACGUUCCCUGGACGCUUUCCCUUGAGCCGGCCUCGGAAGGCCUAGAUAUCGAGGAUUUCUUUCUACUUCAUCACUACACCAUCUUCACAUCACAUACUCUGGCCAUUGUCCCGGGACUUGACAUUUUCAUGAGGAUCAACCUUCCACAAAUCGCCUUCUCCAAUGAUUUCCUUCUGCAUGCCACCCUCGCAAUUGCUGCGCUUCAUCUAUCGCGCUUCAAGAAAAAUGCCUCGGAAGCCAACGCGUACAUGAUGAAGGCAUUACAUCAUUACGGUAUCGCCCUACGAACAGCAACUUCCCUUAUGACAAGCAUCAAUGCCCAGAAUGGACCUGCGCUGUACUUGUUUUCCAUGUUGUCUUUCUCCUUUACCUUGGGGCUAGGGCCAAAACCCGGCGAUUUCCUUCUCUUCGGACAACAGGGCAUUGCACAAUGGCUUGGACAGCUCCAAGGUAUGAGGUCUCUGCUCGAGACCAAGCCUGAGCUUUUCCAGGACGAUACCCUGGCCCCAAUGUUCCAGCUCUCUGUGCGCAGCUUGACCGAGCCAGUUUCUCGCGCCGACCAUUUCCCCCAGCUACGUGAACAGAUUCAGCAAGCCGCAUCAGGAGAUCCGGAACUAGUGCAUUACUCGAAAGCAUUGGAUCAGCUGUCACAGAGCUUUGGUUUCGCAUUCCUUUCUACUUCCAGAGCAGCUCAACUGUCCCCCCAACAGGUAUUCGUUUGGGUCUAUCAACUGGACGAUGAUUUCGUCCGUCUGUUACAGGAAGAAAAGCCAAUUGCGCUCAUCAUUCUUUCAUAUUUCUGCAUUCUUCUUAAUCGUCUCAGUUCGUUCUGGUGGAUCCGUGGGUGGCCAGAACAUUUAUUAUUCGAGAUUCACACUUCACUUGACGAAGAAUACAAGGUUUGGAUGCGGCGGCCGAUGGAGGAAACUGGUUGGAUUCCAGGCUGA